AUGGGGUUGUUGGAUAAACUCUCCUCUCUGUUUCGCUUGAAAAAAAGGGAAGUGAAAGUUUUGGUGGUUGGUUUGAACAAUAGUGGAAAAAGCACGGUGUUGAACCAUUUGAAAUCGGACGAUGAUAAAAUCACAGUUGAGCCUACCGUUGGAUUGAAUGUUGAAAAAUUUAAACAUAACAAUGUGGGGUUCACGGCGCUGGACAUGUCGGGUCAGGUGCGGUACCGGGAGGUGUGGGAGCACUACUACUCGGACUGCGAGGGGAUCAUCUUCGUGAUCGACAGCAGCGACCGUCUCCGGCUGGCCGUCGUCCAGGAGGAGCUAGAACUCCUGCUCCAGCACCCGGACACCGUCGGGAAGCGGCUCCCGAUCCUCUUCUUCGCCAACAAGAUGGACGCCCGCGACGCCCUCUCCAGCGUCAAGAUCGCCUCCGCCCUCAACCUCCACCGGAUCAUCAACAAGCCGUGGCACAUCUGCGCCAGCAACGCCGUCAAAGGCGAGGGACUAGACGAGGGCAUCGAGUGGCUCACCCAGCAGAUCUGCGAGAAUAUCCGGAAGGAAUGAUCAUCUUCGGCGCCGGCAGAGAUAAGAGACGCUACUUUAGGGUGCCCCUUAAUUUUGAAA